ACAUUUGUUUUUGCUUUUUAUAAGAUGGGAGAACCGAAAAAAGAAAGAAUAAGCUCAAGGUCUGAAGAAGCACAACCUGUUAAAAGGAAUACUGGUGACAAAGAGGAUUCUCGUUAUUCUAAAGCUGAUAAAGAGUUAAGAGAAAGUAAACACAGAAAAGAAGAAAAACCCAAAUUCUCUAAGGAUGAGAAACACGGCGGUGCUACCCACGAUGAAAAGCGUUCUUCCAAAGUCAAGGAAGAUAAAACAUCUAGGCAAGAUUCAAAAGCACAUAACGUUAAGGAGAGUGUGAAACGCGCAGAUGAUAGUAACACAGUAAAUGAGAUAAUAAACGAAAUAAAAGUGCUUGACACUACUGAAACAGGAGCGUUGCCCACAGAAGAAAUUCAGAAGAUGGACAGAUCUAAGGCGCCAAGCUUACGUGUUAAUAGAGAUGAAACAUGUCCUUUUCUUCUUAGAGUAUUUCCGAAGUAUAAUAACCAUCACAGAAUCGAGUCAUAUCAGCAUGGAAAAGUCCCGGAAGAUUUAGAAUUGAACAUGCAUACUUGGAUGGACGCGUCACUUAAAGAACUUGGAACUCUAAUUAAAUCCAUUGAACCUGAAUCUCGUAGGAAGCAUACUAGAAUUAACUUUUCUUGCGUGUAUCCCACGGCCAGAGGGCACAUGAUGAUGAAAGAAAUUGGCACUAUUAUAGUCGGCCGGCGAACUCCCGACGAUAAUCUGAAGCUUUUGGAGACUCGCUUUAGAAUCGGCGACUAUCUUGACGUUUGCAUUGAAACUCCGCAGUUGCAAUCUCGUUAUCUCUACUAAUUACAGCACAACGGAGAUUAUUUUUUAUUAUUUUUUAAAAUGAUUAUAAAAAUAAUACUUUUAUUAAUAAAAGUUUUAUUUGCAUGGGGAA